CAAGUGAUUAUUUAACAUCAAGUGAUCUUAUUCAGAUAAUAUGAUGAUUCUAUAGAACAUACGCAAACCAGUACUUUGAUCUUUAUUAUUAUUAUUUAUGUUUGCUAUUAUGUGAUAAUUUCUUAUUUUCGUUAACAUUAUUUUCGCACCAAUGAAGAGCAGUUCUUUUUAUGCUUAUGGGUUAUUAUAUAUAACUAGUAUACUGAACAUAAACUGUUAUGAUAAUAAUCCACUGCCUUCUUCCACAUUAUUAUUAUAUUCUACAACAACAGAUAUCCGUAUAGUAAACAUAACUAAACCAAAAUUUAAACCUACAAUUUUAAUAAAGAAUUUAACUGAUGGAGCUGCUCUUGAUUUUCAUUAUGGAAAUAAGAAGAUCUGUUGGACAGAUCAUGGUUUGGAAAGUAUACAAUGUGUGGGUUUUAAUUCUACUGCUAUUGAUGACAACAUUGAUAUAAUUGGAACUGGAAUUUUGUCACCUGAUGGCUUAGCUUGUGACUGGUUCACAAAUAAGUUGUAUUGGACUGACAGUGAUACAAAUCGAAUUGAGGUGGCUUCAAUUGAUAAGAAAUAUCGAAAGGUACUAUUUUGGACAGAUAUGGAUCAACCUAGGGCAAUUGCAUUAGAUCCAAUGCAAGGUUUAAUGUUUUGGACUGACUGGGGUGAAAUACCCAAAAUAGAAAGAGCAAGUAUGGAUGGGAAUGCAACCAGUCGCCAGAUAAUAGUGUCUGAGGAUAUAUUCUGGCCAAAUGGAUUAACAUUGGACUAUGAAAAUAAAUUUAUUUAUUGGAUAGAUGGUAAAUUUCUCUUUCUGAAAAAAAUGGACUAUGAUGGCUAUAUAUCUGAAAAAGUUAAAGAUGGCCUUGAUUAUCCUUUUGCAUUAACACAAUUCCAUAAUAAAUUAUAUUGGACUGAUUGGAAAAAAUGGUCAAUUUUCGUAUAUGAUCAUAUUACGUCAAGUUUAAAAAAUACAUCUAGAGAUCCAAAAGAAUUGUUGCAUUCUGAUGUAGUACCCAUGGAUAUACAUGUAUGGGAUCCUAAUAGACAGCCAAUUCGUGAGCAUGCAUGCGAAAAAAAUAAUGGUGGCUGUUCUCAUUUAUGCUUACUAUCUUCCAAUUAUCCAUAUUUUACAUGCGCUUGUCCAAUUGGCAUUAAAUUAUUAAACAACACCACUUGCGCGAAUGAACCGCAGGAGAUGCUUAUUUUUGCGCGCCGAUACGAAAUGUGCGUAAUUUAUUUAGAUUCUCCAGAUUACACAUAUAGAGCUCUAAACUUGACAAGUAUGAAAUUCAGCAUUGCUGUUGAUUACGAUCCACUGGAAGGUUUUAUAUAUUGGACAGACACAUCUAUCAAGAAGAUACAGAAGGCUAGGUUAGAUGGAUCAGAACAAACUGAUGUACUGUCAUUUGAAAUUGAUUCAUCUGAUGGAAUAGCUAUUGAUUGGGUAGCCAGAAAUAUAUAUUGGACUGACAAUGGUUUAGAUAGAAUUGAAGUAGCAACUUUGAAUGGAAAAUACAGAAAAGUUAUUAUAAGUGAUGGUUUACUGAAUCCUAGGGCUGUCGCAGUUGACCCUCACUUGGGAUGGCUAUUUUGGUCAGAUUGGCAUGAAAAGAGUCCGAAAAUUGAACGUGCCAAUAUGGAUGGAUCGGAGCGUUUUAUAUUAGUGUCUGAUAAUCUGGGCUGGGCUAAUGGAAUUGCAUUGGAUUUACAAAAUAUGAAAAUAUAUUGGUGCGAUGCGAAAAAUGAUAUAAUAGAAUUUGCAAAUAUGGACGGUACUGAUCGAAGAGUUCUAGUUAAUGAGAAUAUACCACAUCCAUUUGGCUUUACCUUGAUGGGUGAUUUCUUAUAUUGGACUGACUGGCAGAGACGAACUAUUUCCCGAGUGCACAAGGAAACAGGAAGUAAUAGAGAGACAAUAGUAGAACAAUUACCAAAUAUAAUGGGCCUGAAAGCAAUAAAAGGAGAUUAUGGAAACGAACGUAUUACAGAUAUUAAUCCAUGUGGCAAAAAUAACGGGGGUUGUUCUCAGAUUUGCUUAUAUUUACAUAAUGGUACAUUUACAUGCGUUUGUCAAAUAGGUUACGAGUUGCUCAAGGACAAACGUAAAUGUGUAAUCCCAGAAUCAUUUUUAUUAUACGCUAAACAUGAUGGCAUAGCUAGAGUCAGCGUAGAAAAUGAAGAUAAUGAUAUCCAGUUGCCAGUAACUGGUGUGAAGAAUGCGAGCUCCAUAGAUUUCGACAGAAAUAACAUGAGAAUAUAUUGGAGCGAUGUAAAGCAACGCACAAUAAUGAGAGCCUAUGUGAACGGGUCCGAUCCGCAAAAGGUAGUUGAGUUAGGUUUAAUUUCACCCGAGGGUUUGGCAGUUGAUUGGGUAGCUUUCAACAUAUAUUGGGCAGAUCCUGCUGCUCAUAAAAUAGAAGUUGCGAGGUUGGAUGGUAGCAGUAGAAGAGUCCUCUUAUGGGGCGAUCUUAAUGUGGAGCCACACAGCAUCGCGAUUGACCCACAAGAGGGUUAUAUGUAUUGGACGGAGUGGGCUCCAUUAGAAAGACCAAGUAGUUUAAAUAGCAUAAAGAAGGCUGCUAUGGAUGGAAGCAGGGCAAAAAUAUUGGUGGUAAAGACAGAUUUUGCAAUUGGAUUAACAUUAGAUUAUGAAAGAAGAAGAAUUUAUUGGGUUGAGCCAAAUACACCAAACAUUUUAUCAUGUGAUUUAAAUGGUUUAAAUAAGCAAGCAAUAUCAAAUAAGAUGAUAUUUAGGCCAAAAGGAUUGACAAUGUUCAAGGAAUUUAUUUAUUGGAUUGAUGAGUUAUCUGUGAAUAAAGUUGAUAUUAAGCGUGUAAAUAAGAAUAACAUCAGUAGUAUAACAAAAAUACAUUCUUUUGUUGAGCCAAUCAGUGAUUUAUUGGUGAUUUCUAAUAGCAAGCAAAGAAAAGUGUUUAAUCAAUGUGCAGUGAAUAAUGGUGAUUGUUCUCAUCUUUGCCUUGCAUUACCGAGUGCUAAUUCUGAUGAAAAAUUAAGUUAUACGUGUGCCUGUCCUACGCACUAUGUUUUGCAAAACAACACGUGUUUGCCUCCUAAAAGUUUUAUGAUUUAUAGCCAUAAAAAUUUAGCUGUACGUCUUCUACCAGACACAUCUGAAUGCGUUGAAGCUGUGUUGCCCAUCCAAGGUCUUAGAAGCGUUAAAGCCAUUGAUUUUGAUCCAAUUUUACAAUUCUUAUAUUGGGUGGAAGGUAAAACGAGAAGCAUAAAAAAGGCGAAAGCUAUAGGAACUCAUGUAUCUACUGUUGUUCCAUCUCAAACGGGAGUUGUUAAUCCAGUAGAUAUAGCAUUAGAUGCCCUAGGCCGAUUAUUGUUCUGGUCUUGCAGUAUUCAAGAUGUCAUUAAUGUAACGAGAGUUGAUAAUAGUUCUAAUGCCGGAAUUGUUGUUAAAGCAGCAGGUGAAAAGCCUCGUUUAAUUGUGAUUCAUCCAACAAAGCGUUUAUUAAUUUAUACCAAUGUUGGAGUAACGCCGCAAAUAAUUAGAACAAGAAUGGAUGGAUCUCAUAGAAUUGUUAUAUCGCAGAGUUCCAAUGUAGCAGCCUUGGCUGUUGAUAUAGAAAAUGAUUUGGUGGUGUGGGCGCAGGGUCAUAGUAUACACGUAUGCAACAUUGAUGGAGAUAAUAAUCACGUUAUUCUCAAAGAUAAUACUUCAAAGUUGAGUCAAUUGACGGUACACGCUGGUUGGCUGUAUUGGUUAGAUAAAGAAAAUUUACAAAGACUCGAGUUAAAAACUGGUGGCUCGCGGUCCAUUGUUAUCGAGAAAGAUAUUGACAUUUUAGACUUAAUUUCAGUAUCCGAGCUUGAUAAAAAUCAUUCUUGCGCACAGAUGCACCAACAAAGGUGUUCUCAUUUGUGUAUAUUCAACGGUACGAAUGCAAUUUGCGCGUGUCCGCAAGGUCUGGCUUUGCAAGACGAUAAACGAACAUGUACCGCUUUACCAGAUUGCGGUUCAGAGUUCUUUACAUGCAGUGCACAAGCGCCUGGUAACAAGGAUUGCAUACCGAGUUCAUGGAAAUGUGAUGGCCAAAUGGAUUGUCAGGACCAGUCUGAUGAAAUGGGAUGUCCAGCAUGUCGAAGUGAUCAAUUUCGAUGCCAGAAUGGAGACUGCAUCGACUACGCUUUUGCAUGCGACGAUUUUCCGCAUUGCAGAGAUAAAUCUGAUGAGAUUCAUUGCUGUAAACAUUCGCACGAAUUUCAAUGUCCACGGACAGAUGUUUGUAUACCGAUUUCCUCAUUGUGCGAUGGUAUUGAGCAAUGUGCAGAUGGCGAGGAUGAGAAAAAGAGUGUCUGCCUCGAAGCUAGUCGAUACGUAUCGACUGGAAUAAUGGGAUUAUCAAGCUUGCUCUUUUGGAUCUUUAUUAUUGUAUUAUCGGUGGCUACAGGCAUUGGCGUGUUUUGUUAUAUUACAAGAAAAAUGAAUGUUGAUACUAAUAUUGAUCAAUCCGAGGAUCCUUUGAAUCCGAGCCAUAUCAAUAAUCCACUGAAAAAUGCUAGUCAAAAACUUCGCAAAGGUAUUCCAGAUGUAGUACAUAUGUCGAUGUUGAAUGGUUCGCAAAUAUCUAAUUACGAUAGAGAUAACAUCACUGGUGCGUCCAGUACAAAUGGAUCUAGUUCAUUAUCUUAUCCUAGAGAAACUUUAAAUCCACCACCGAGUCCGGCUACCAUAGUUACCAGUUCAAGAGCUAUUUCUCCUUCCGCCAGAUAUAAACCAUACAAACAUUAUAGAUCUAUAAAUCAACCACCACUGCCGACACCAUGUUCUACGGAUAUAUGUGAUGAAAGCGAUUGCAAUUAUACCAUUGUAAAUAGAAACCAAGACGACAGGGGAAGGUAUGAUAUUGGAAUGUUUCCUCCACCUCCCACACCACGAUCUCAUUGCAAUAGCGAGAGCUGUCCACCAUCUCCCAGUUCGCGAUCUUCAACAUAUUUUAGUCCAUUACCUCCUCCACCAUCACCUGUGGCUUUACCAUUUAGUAAUUAUAAUACAUAAUAAUGUUAAUUUGUUAUUUUUUCAAAUUAUCUGUAUAAAGAGAUUAGCUAAAUAUUUUAACUACUAAGAGAAUUGAGACUGUCAUAUAUGCCUAUAAUAUGUGCCUAAUAUAAAUAUUUUUAUUGUUUGUU